GUGAAUAUACCGACAGCUGCGUGUGUGCAUGUGCCGCAAAACGUCGCAAACACGACAAACACAAGCACGCAACUGAUAUUUUUUGCUUGGAGCGAGAGAGAAGAAGCAUCGUAGAUGAGUCAUUGCGAAGCUGUAUUACCGUAUUACCCAGAAACCCAGUAGCACAGAUGCUGUCAAAUAAUGAGGACGGCAAAGUUGGACUGGAGAUCUCAAGGCCGCAACUGGGGGUGGCAAAGAAUUCUAGAAAUUCCCAUAAUGAUAUUAUGAAAAGACUUCGGAAUAAAAUGAACCAGUCCAUCAAUGACUUAUCAACAAUGAUCCCCUUACCACCCUCAGCUGGGAGUAGAAGACCUGACCAAAUAACGGUGCUGAGCUCUGCAGUCCAGCAUAUGAAAUUUUUGCAAGGCUCCACAGAACUUUCAAAAGAAACAAACCAUAAACCAAGUUUUAUGUCGGAUGAUGAUUUAAGGAACCUGAUUACGGAGGCCUCAGGUGGAUUUAUAAUCGUUGUUGAGUGUGAACGUGGACAGGUCUUGUAUGUCACAGAUUCAGUUGAGAAGAUUUUGAAUAUUUCUCAGGCUGAUAUGGUUGGUCUCGACUUUUAUGAACUAGUUCACGAUGAAGACGUUGCUAUGGUGAGGACUCACAUAUCUACAGCGGUGUCAGAGAGCAAAGAUAGAGAGACUGAAGUGAAGAAAUCAGACGUAUUUGAAGAAAGCAUUAGGAAUGCUGCAAAUUUAUGCCCAGGAGCUAAACGAUCAUUCCUCUGCCGUAUGAAAAAAGUGGCUAACGCUGAAGAUAUAAAAAAUAUGGGGACAAAAACAACCAUUUGGAGGACAAAGAAAUAUGUAUUCGUAGAUGACAAUGAUCCUAUUUUAAUUUCAUAUGAAGGCUUUUUAAAAUCAUGGCCACCAAAUGAGGUGAAAUCAAGCAAUUAUCCCAACUCUCGCAGUUGUCUUGUCGCUGUCGGUCGUAUUCUUGAGAUAGAUACCGAGGAAACAGACUACAGCAAGCUUGGACAGAUUCGCGAGUUUGAAACAAGACAGCGAGCCGACGCCACAUUUGUUCGUGUCGAUCAAAACUUCACGAAGAUAUUUGGUUAUUGUUCAGACGAAGUGAUAGGAAAGUCAGCUUACAGUUUCCUUCAUAAAGAUGACCUUAGAAUUGUUGCUGAAGCUCAUCACAAGGCUUUUACCGACAAGGGUACGACGCGGCUGAAGAUAAUAAAUAGAUUCCGCGCGAAGGCUGGGCACUAUGUCCCAGUGAAAACCACUUCAGUUGUGUUUCGCAAUCCUUAUUCGAAAGAAGUUGACUUUGUCGCCACACGGAAUGUCAUUAUGAGUUCAGUUCCACCAAAUUUGGGAACUAGUGGUAAGCAAAGCGGAACAAACACCCUGACAACGCCUGUCGUGACAAAAUUUUCAGACAAGCCACGAAGGAAACGUGACCUAGAAAGAGAUUCACAGAUGUUUGACAAUCCUGGUGAUGAUAGUGAUAUUGGUUUUAUAGUACAAACGAAACAAGCUAAGAAAGUGGGACAACCACUGAGAAUAAAUAACUUGAAGUUUUCAAAUGUUGAUGCACAGAAAGAAAACCAGCAAGUUGUUUCUAAGAAUUUUGCUAGAUCUCCAAGCCCUGCACUUAACAUGCAGCACGCACAACACUAUUUCGAUGUUGCUAUACACAGUGCCAGCAGGGAACAGAACACUCUGGCGAAUGGGAUGUUACUGGAUCAAUUAACGGGAAUCAAGGUUGCUAUUAGUGCGAUGGAAAACAUUGCAAUCAAAGAGGAAAGUUUGUUGUUGCUGAUGAAUGUUAUAGAAAACAAGUUAAAAAGAAAACGUGGAUUAGAUAAAAAUAGAGCAUCACAGAAGCUUAACAGCCCUAAUGAUGUUGGUGUAAUGACACAAGCAAAACAGACUAAAAAAAAGGAAGAGCGACUGAAAUUUGAUUCCUGGUCAAAAAUGUAUUCCAAUGUUUUUUCACCAAACGAUAAUCAGCAAACAGUCUUGAAUGACUUGGCGAGAAUUCCACAUCCAGCACUGGAUGUAGACAACAUACAACGAGGUCAGCCUGAUAUCACUCAUACUAUUGACAGUGCCACUGAAGAAUACAACACCCUGGGUGAUGAGAUGUUGUUUGGGAAAUUAGGAGGUUUUGAUGGAGCUUUUGAUGCGAUAGAAAAUGCUACAGGUGGAGUUGAAGUAGAAGACAGUUUUUCAUUUUUAAUGCGUAAUGGGAGGGCGGGGAGUAAGGAUAUAGGAAAUUUUCUUAACGAUUUGCCGUGGGAUUUAAUAUAAUUGGGUAGGCUUUGGUAACUAUUCAACUAAGGAUCAUUUUAAUGUAAAUCCGAGUGUUUAGGGCGUUUUUAUGACAGUAAUGUGGAAAUUCGCAGACGACACUGCGGUAUCUUAAGUAAUUAAAAAGUCCGACUAUAGCUUUCUUCAAUCGGACAUUGAUCAUAUUUCUACUUGGUCAAGAAAUAAUCUCUUCCAACUUAACCCAAUUAAAUGCAAAGAAAUGAUGAUAUCCUUUGCACAACCACCACCUGUUUAUGAACCAAUUCGUAUAAACGAUCAAAAUGUGGAAAGGGUAACGACUGUUA